GGAAGACUGGAGCGUGGGAACCCAGUGCUUGAUGUGGGAGGAUGAGCGUCCGUAGUCUCCUCGUGGCGGGAGGAAGGUGGCGAUGUUUUCCAGUUCCGUUAGGGUCAUCCUUGUUCCAAGUGAUACCUAAUUCCUACUGUCGGAAGAAAUGCACUGCACCUAAGAAGAUCAUUCCCAAUGCUGCUUUUUGUGAUGAAAAUACAAAAGAUUCUGGAAAUGAACUUGACAAGCUCUUCUCUUCAGAGCAGCAGGCUUCCAUCUUGCAUGUGUUGAAUACAGCAUCUAAUAAAGAACUCGAAGCUUUCAGAUUGCUUCGUGGAAGGAAAUCCGUCAAUAUUAUCGAGCACAGAGAGAAGUUUGGGCCGUUUCAGCAUUUGGAGAGUUUAAUGAAUGUGCCCCUGUUCCAGUAUAAAACUGCUAUUCAAGUUUGUAACUCCAUUCUUUGUCCAGAGACUGAAGGGAAAAAAAGAAAGUUCCAGGACAACCGGCUCUUGAGAAAGCUCAUCAAACCAGAAAUAGAAAGAGAGAGGCUUAAGGCAGUUACUAGUAUCGUAUCCAUUGUUUUUGGAACUCGAAGAAUUGCUUGGGCUCACCUGGAUCGUAAAUUGGCAGUGCUGGACUGGCAGCAGAAUGACUGUUGCCAAUUGAUGAAAGGAACAUACUUAUCAUCUGCCUAUUUACAAAAGAUUUCUUCAGUCGUUUCAAAGAUACCUACAGCUGACUUCUACGUUCUGGAAAAAAUAGGGCUUUCAAUUCAGAACACAUCUCGGUUUCCCCUACUGUUACAUUUUCAUAUCAUGGAAGCCAUGCUGUAUGCCUUAUUAAACAAAACGUUUGCCCAGGAUGGCCAGCAUCGGGUGCUGAGCAUGAAUCGAAAUGGAGUGGGGAAGCACUUUGAACUGAUGAUUGGGGACACACGGACUAGUGGAAAAGAGCUGGUGAAGCAGCUCCUCACAGAGUCUGUUCUGAAGGAAGACCCUCGGGUUGUCUUCCCUAAGGAGAAGAUUGUACGCUACAGACAGAUGUUUUCAUCUACUGAGCAAAAGAGAGCAGAAGAGUUAUAUGAUUCCCUAUUACAAGCCGUUGCCUUCUAUGAAUUAGCAGUUUUUGACACCGAACCUUAAAAUGCUGAGGUUAAUAAAAAGAACUCUGAUGUUAUAUUAAUUUAUAUUUAUUAGCUCUAAAGCCAUAAAGCCAACUGUUUUUAACAUCCAUGUUUAUGGAGAAGAAAACAUUUGUAUUUGGAUGUUUAAAGUCAGACUUCCGGCUGUUGAAUUGUUCACAGAAUAAGCCAAGUCAAUAAAUACCUUAAGAGAUUCUGAA